CAGCUCCCCUCAACCAUCCGCUUACUACUACUGCUGCUGCAUCAGGUGAAUAUCUGUCCAUCAGCCCGGGACUCGCUCUCCUCCACACACACACAUCUAUGUCUCCUCUUUCUUCAUCACUCGCUCCCUCGCCUGUUUGACCGAUCGCUUAGGGCGUUGAUCUCGGAAACCCAGAAGGAAACAGAGAAGGAGAAGAUCGAGGGAGCAGGUGUCAGAGUUACAGACGACAGAAAGAAUGGGACGAAAGAAAAUACAGAUUUCUCGUAUUCUGGACCAGAGGAAUAGACAGGUGACCUUCACCAAGCGUAAGUUCGGUCUGAUGAAGAAGGCGUACGAGCUGAGCGUGCUGUGUGACUGUGAGAUCGCCCUCAUCAUCUUCAACAGCACCAACCGCCUGUUCCAGUACGCCAGCACAGACAUGGACAAGGUGCUGCUCAAGUACACGGAGUACAGCGAGCCGCACGAGAGCCGCACCAACACAGACAUACUGGAGACUCUGCGCAGGAAGGGCCUCGGUCUUGACAACGCAGAGCUGGAACCUGAGGAGAGCGCGCAGGUGGCUGCAGAAAAAUAUCCUCUCAGCGAAGGCAUGGAUCUCUCUGUGGCACGCCAGCGCUUCUACGCUCCUUCACUGCUCUCACCCGAGGCCCAGUUCCUGGUGUCUGCAGGCUGCGAGAACGGCUUCCCCAACUGCUCUGCAGCCAGCGUGGCGUCCCACAGACCCCCUGGAUUUAAAUCUGUCAGCUCCAGACCCGGCUCUGCCAGCCCUGCUGCGUCACACGCACACACCGCGUUCAUGUCUCCACACUCCGGUAUCGGCUACUCCGUGUUGUCCCAUGGCAACCUGAAUCGAGCUCUGGACAUGAAGAGCCCUCCGUCUCUGAGCCUGGGCGGCGACAACCUGCGGGGGGACGCUGCUAAUCAGGCCAUGGGCGCCACACGUGUUAACCACAACUCUGCUAGGGGUCUCCUGUACCAGGGUCUGCACACUGGCAGCUCCAUGAUGGCCAUGGGCAAGCUGGGCCACAGUUUGGGAGGCUACAGCCUUCCCUCCCCUGGAACGCCCCCUGAGUACAGCCAGCCUGGUUUUUAUCACUCUGUUAGUCUACAGCGAGGAGCAGUGAACCCCUGGCAAACAGUUCAGCUGCCUCAGGAGCACCAUAUAAGUCCAGGGAUGUCCAGCGGAGGGUGCUCCUUCCCUUCUCAGUGUUGCUCCUCAGCCUCCCCGCAUCUGCCCUCCCUGACCCUGAGCAUCAAAUCUGAGCGCAGCUCUCCUGAGCACAGGUCCUCGCCCACCUCCCCUCCUCUGCACCACCUCAGACAGCAUUCUCCAAUCAGCGACCUGGGCUCAGCCUGCCAUAGCCCUCCAGAAACCCAGGCGGCCAAUGAGACGAAGGAGUAUCCCAAAGCUGGCUUCCCACAGGAUGAGAAGGAAGGAGGGCAGCCGCUCAGGCAUUUAGAGAUGAGUGACGGCUGGCAGAGAUAGCUGAGUGCUGCAGUCCACUGUAAGCACCACAUGUCCCAUUCACACAGCUUUCCUCCAAUCACACACACACGCACACACACGCACACACACGCACACACACGCACACACAGAAGAGGUCGAGGUGGGGUUGAUUCGUCCCCAUCAUCCCAGAGAGGAACACCUUUCUUUGUCUCAUCACACAGAGCUGGACUCUCCCUGGGCAAAUUAUUUCUCUGCAUCACUCGAUUGAUCCCGUGAGGAGACAGAUAAAAACAGACAUUUUGCUUUUUGUUUGGUUAGUAUAUACGUUUCCUGUGAGGAGAUAAUGUGAAUCAAAAGGAAAUACAUUCGGAAACGUGUUUGUCUUGUUCUGUGACUUUAUUGAAGUUAGUCACAGCAGCACAGUGGGACCAACUGAAUUUCUCUAAAACGUGUGGACGUAUAUUUUGGGCUUUCAAAGCAGCCUCCGGUGUUUGAGGUUUGGCGUGUUAAUUGGUAAAUAGCUGUAAAAUUACACUCUACACUGUCUUGGUAUAAAUGUUAGAAUGAAAAGCAGAUGGGAGCUGGAGAAGACUCUUUACACCAGCCAGAAGAAGCAAUGUCUCUACAGUACAAUCUGUUUUAGCCUUUAGCCCCAAACCAGCAACAUGGCCUCCCCACAUUAAAAAAAAGUUACACAUUAAAAAUCAAUGGAGCCUUGGCCUUGUUUGAAAUGAUGAAAUGAGCCUGAACAUCUUAAAGGAGAGUAGCAUAUUAUUUUUCAGGUUUUAGUCACUGUAAUUGGUCCCGGCCGUGAAAAGAUUCCUUAAGAAGACAUUUCUAAUUUAAGAAAUGACAAAAUCCGUUCAUUCAGCACAAUGAUUCAUUCUCAAAUUCAGCUAGUAUGAGACUCUAAUGGCCACUCAAACCAAAUUAGGUUUUUUUUAAAUAUAAAUUUCCCUAUAGGCAGUGUUAGUUACAGGGGAGGUUCAGUUUAUUUGAUAUCUCUCACACAAUUAAGUUCUUUACAAUCAAAGAGUCAAAGAAUCAAGAGAGUUUUGCACAAAAGAUCUAUUAAAUAGAUUUAAUACAUUUUAUACAAAACUAGAACUCACUCACUAAAUUCACGAGACCUAGAUUUUUAUUUGGAGCUGAACUAAAUUGCACCUUUUCCUCAUCGAGAUCCAUUAAUUGUUUUCGGAGAAAUCAAUGAAAAUGUGGUAAAACGUCCUCUCUCAUGAUGUUAAAGAAAGUGAAAAAGAAAAUUCGCUGGAUCCGCCCCCCCUGACCCAGAUCAAAACUUAAUGGGUUCUUCUCUGACCCACACCACAUUCUUCCACCAAGUCCUGUCCAGUAGCAUUUGCCUAAUGCUGCUAAGUAACACAAACAAACACAGAUGAAAACAUAACCUCCUUGUAGCGGAGGUAAUGAGGACUGAUGAGUUUCUGUGGCGUAACAUUAAGAACAUUUAAAGUGACCUGCAUCAAUGUACACAUGGACAUGUUUGGGGGGGAAAAAAGUGAACUGACCCUUUAAAAAUAUGGGCAUCAGUGGAUCUCAGGAAAGUUUAAGAUAUCGUUUCUUUCCAUGUUUGUGCAUAAGACUAUAGUGGUGGAUGAGCUAAAUUACAGUUUAUAUUAUUCUUACAAAUAAUUAUAGUUUCAUCCUUUAAAUCUAAUAAUAUAAUAUAUAACUCAAUACUAAGAUUUACGACAAUCUGCUUUAAAUAAAGACCAAAGUGUUUGAAUACAGUCCCCAUGCAUCACAAUCAAAUACCGCAACACCCAAAGAUGUAUGUAUUUAUCUAUAGCAGGUCUAUUAAAUAAUAUAACAAUACAAUCAAUUCCUCUUUCUGAAGGGCUUAGCUUAGUGUGUAUUGAUAUUUAGAAAUAUAUGAGACGCUGUGUAAUGAAUGAGUCCAAUUCAUUAUUCAGAGGAUAUUUCUUUAAAAAAACACAAAUUAUGUUUUGUUUUUUUUACAUAUAACUUUACUUUGCACUGUGUUUUUGUGCACUGGAUAUCUGAGUGUUGUUUUUUUUGGCAUAUUCAACUUUUGUCCUGCAAAUGGUAGAUAUGCAGUACUUACAGAGUUUGGAUUGGAGUUACGCUUACUGUCCACAAGGGGUCAUCUUCUAAAUUGCAGAGCAGCCUUAACUAUUGGUGAUAAAUGAUCUAAUGAAUAUCUGCGAUUGAUAAGUAGUGGUUCACCCUGAAGACGUUUUACAAACGCGUCAUGGCAAACUCUGCAGACUCUGUGAAGCGGCUGGUGGACGACUUCAAGUUCAAGUGCUGCUGUGGAGUUCGCUUUUCUUUCCUUUUUAAAAAUGCAGUUAUGUGGUUUAUUAUCAGCAUGAAAAAGCAAUUUUAUCAGUAUUCUGAUGUUUUGGAUUUUGUUUUUCAUAUUCGCUGAACGCUUCACUAGCAGAACAGAGACAGUUUUUUUUAUUUGACAUUUGUGGUGAUUUCUUUUAAAUAAAAAAUGGUUUGAUUUGUA